AUGAUGACUACAAUGCAACAGCUACAGAAGCAGCGUGUCCAUGAAUACCAGCUGCUGGGAGGAAGGUGCCUUCCAGGAGUGGCAGCAGCUCUAGGGUGUCAGGCGGGGGAGAUGCUAGGGAUUGAAUUUCGCACCUCCUGCAUACAAGGCAGAUGUUCUGCUUGGAAGCUUCUCAGGGGCAUCUCCUUAGCUGCUGUGGGAAACAGGUCGCUGGACCAACGGACUUUGGGUCUGAUCCAGGGCUAGAUUUAGGUUUGAUGAGGCCCUAAGCUACUGAAGGUAAUGGGGCCCUUUAUAUGUCCAGCUGUCCUUUGUCAACAACGAAUUGUUGCUGUUUUUUGUGUUGAAUAUAUGCUAUAUAUGGACCUAUUAUGGAACUAAUAGGUAUCUAAAGCCAUUUGCACAUAACAAAUAGGAGCCUACACAACACAAAACACUGUUGCUGUAUGUAGGUUUUAUUUUAUUUGUUUUUUAUCUUAUCUUUUGGAAAUGUACAUCUAGGGUUUUUUUCCCCUUUAAAUUUUUUCGGGGCUCCCAAGAGAGUGGGGCCGUAAGCUAUACAGUAGCUUGUUUAGCUUAUACGUAAAUCCGGCACUGGGGGGGGGGGGAGUUCCUAAAUUUCCCAGAUUCGUGAGUGGCGUGAAAACAGAACGGGGCCGCAGACUGCGAAGCAAAGCCUUCGAAGCCUCUCAUUCCAGCGAGGGCUUCUCCCGCGGUCUCUCGUCCUCUUCGGAAGCCACGAGACGACCGUCUGUACGGAGGAAUAGCCGCGAGGCGCCGCCUCUUGGCCCUGCGGCCUCUGUAGAAACAAGCCACAUCUACUUCCUGUAACACAAUCCAAUCGCUCCUCCUCCAAUCGUGCUCGAAGGAGCUCCGGCUGAUCCUCGUUGUUCCGGCGCUUGCGUUGCCCGGGGCUUCGCUGUGGGAUCCAGAGCUCGAGGCGUCGCUCUAAGUAAGCUUUGCUGCUGCUUUCUUCUCACGGGGCAGCAUGGGGGCUCGUGAGUCAGCGAGGAGGAGACCCGCCUAGAGUCCGUCUUUGGGGUUGAGUUCCCCUUUGGAGAAGGGCUACAUUUGGCUCUGGUAAUCCGCUGCAAAGCGGAGUGUUACGUCUGCAGCUCCCCCAAUAACCCGGGUGAAGUGUGUUUACACGGUGUGCUGACCUUUUCCUUUUCUUAACAGUGGCUGCGGAGCGGAUAUAUACAGAAGUCCAGGUGAGGUAGUUUGAUGCUGAGAUCUUGACGUAUCCUUCCUUCACCGUGAUACCAAUGGUCUGUUCCACAUUAAUGCACAUUAUAUACACUUAAUCUUGGCCUUAUGAUAUAACAUUUAUAUACACAAUUCUUGCCCACUUAGAACGAAGCCUUUCCGUGUCUAAUUUUUCUCAUUCCUCGCCUCUGAUCCAUGGCUGCUUAUCUCAGCGUUGUCGUCAUAUAUUCUCAUUCUCAUAAUACUGGCGACUGUGUCCAGUAUUACUCAAUCAGCCAAUCACCUUUUUUCCAACCCCUCAUGAAAACAGUGUUUAAAACAGUACAAAUUACUAUUGAAAUGGAUUUUGGGUCAAAUUUCCUAGAUUUUAACACUCUGAUUAAAUAAGCCCAUUCCAAAUUAUCAAAGGCUUAAAGAGUCUCUAAAGACAGAACAGCCCAAUGUACUUUACAUUAUUUGGAAAUAAUAAAUUAAAUUUAACGAUUUUCUACUAAAAACAGUCAUCAUGAAUAGAAACGUUUGUAGAGUCUGCUUAGAUUAUAUCCUGGAGCCAUCACAGAAGAGGCCUUAUCUUUUGUGCCAGUUGACAUAUGGGAUGGGGGGGGGCUCUUGGUAUGGUGUUGAUGAGGGUCUCCCCAAAUAGGACAUUACACACUGACUGUGGUGGACAUUCUUCCUCUGUUGCCACAACUGUUUUGAUGCAGGCAGCGUUCUCUGCCAUCCACCAGGCCCUGGUCCUACUCCAGUGGCAGAUGGUCAAAAGUGCUUUUAAAUGGAAGCUAAGAUUGGCUCCCAUCCUACCUACCCUCUUUGUCCCCAUGAACCAGAGCAUGCCUGGGAAAUUUCUUUUCAAAGCUUCUCCUUCUUAAUGUCCAUGGAGUUUUCAUGGCAAAAAUACUGGAGUGGGUUGCCAGUUCCUUCUCCAGGUGGAUCACAUUUAGUCUAAACUCUCGGCUAUGACCUGUCCGUCUUGGGUGGCCCUGCAUGGCAUAGCUCAUAGCUUCUUGGAGUUAUUCAAGCCCCUUCGCCACGACAAGGCAGUGAUCCACGAAGGGGACCUACCCUCUUAAAUUACCUCAGAUGCCAUGCCCUGGCACAUAGAUCUGUCAAAUCAAUAAAUUUGGUGCCACCCACCAUGGGAAAGCACCUAGGAUCCCAGCAGGGAAAGUAGUGGCCUGGCUGGGUUGAGCCAGACUUCUGGGGGACCCUGUCAAGCCCAUUGGACCCUCAGCCAGUGCCUGUCUUGGCCAACUGCUGGUGCCAGACAUACCUGCCUUCAUCACUUGUGUUUCAACCAUUCUUUAUAAGCUACAAACGUGUUGUAUAUACCGGUAAUUUCUGUUUCUCUUUUUAGGAUUACUAUGGCAAAGAGUUGAAGAAAAAAGAAGACCUAAAAACCAAUGCCUGUUGUACUGUAGCAAGGCCUUUGCCCACAUUCGCCAGAGAAGCCCUACAAUGUGUGCAUGAGGAGGUUUCGGCAAAGUACAGUAUUGUUUUAUUGAGUGAACUUUGAUCUCAUGAGUUACUGCCCAUUGCAUUAUGGAAAGUGGGGAGGAGAUCUAAUUUCCCCCUCAUCCUUAUUUAACCUUUUCCCUCUACGCCAUAUCAAGUAUAAAAUCAAGCCAAAAGAUUAGGGCAGGUCAUUUAACUGGCAGAUUAAGCAAGUAAAGCUUUUAGUUGAUUAAUCAGUGAGGGUGAAUUCUGAUCAGUCAGUGUAAAAGGUAGGCUGAAUCUAAACAAAAUAAUAAUAAAAUGAGAAUAAUAUGUGUGAUUAGGGAAGAACUUGUAGAUCUUGCAGUGCAAUCCCAUACACUGUUGCUCAGAAAUAAAUUCUGCUAUGUUUAGUGCAAUUUACUCCCUAGUAAGUGUGUUUAGGGUUGCAGCCUGUACUCAUUUAUGUAGGAGUAAGCCUCCUUGAACUUGAUAGCGCUUUUUUGAGCAGACAUGCCUGGGAUUGUGCUGUUAAAUUGCAAGGGUCAUAGGCCAACUGUUGUUUUUCUAUGUCCUUCAUUAUUUGUUUUAAUUUGUCUGAAUAUGUAAUAAUGUGGUGACUAACCCAUGCAGUGAUUUAAAAACCAAACUAUUCAGCAGUGGCAGACGUGUUCAAGAACAGCAGGUACCAACACAACAGUUGUAUUUAUCUGAUGAAGUGCUCCUUGGUGAGGAUUGGCUCAUCUCACUGCUGAUCUGGACCACCCACUUGUCUCCAUCAAAAUGUCUUUCACUUUCGCAUUGCUUUAUCCUUUGUUCCCUUAGGUAUUAUGGUUGUGGCCUGGUGAUCCCAGAAUGCCUAGAAGACUGCUGGAUUUUGGAUUUGGGCUGUGGGAGUGGAAGAGACUGUUAUAUGCUCAGUAAGAUGGUUGGGGAGAAUGGACAUGUGACCGGGGUAGACAUGACUGAAUCCCAGGUAAGAGGUUGUUCUUUGCGUGCUGAUUCAAGACUGUCAUGUUUACCUUCAGAUUGCUAAAUGGAGGGCAUAACUGUUGAAACUCCUUGGCAUGCAGCUUCCUUCAUGACCUACCUUUUUCACACAAGCUCCCAUUCUGGCAUCUCACCCAUGUGCAACCUCCUCGUUUGCAGUCCUUAACCUAGGUGGUCACCAGCCUUUUUGCACUCCUGGACACCUUUGCUAACUAGAAAAACUCUCUUAGGCACCACACACACACAACACCUAAGCAAGACAAAUACAACCUCUCAAACCUAAUUUCAGUGGGGUGGGGAGACCCUUUGGGUGCUAGGGAGGUCUCUGUGGGCACCCAGGAAGGAUGCUGGGAAAUACUUUUACUACUAUAUGCAAUUUGGAACAUGUACAGCAAGUCCAACUGGAAUGAAAUCAUGCGUAGACUGAUAUCACAUCUGGGGAUGGCAGGAGGAUGAAGAGCAAGCUGGUAUUCUGGCAUAAGGAGAGUAGGUGGGAUGGGUUUAAUGGCAGAACAUAUAAGCAAAGGUAUAUUAAAGCUUCUCUGUGUGUGGUUAGCACUGCUUUAUCCUGCACAUAUACUUCUGUACUGAAUUUCUAUCUUUUACAUCCUUGCUUUCCUUCCAUCAGGUGGAAGUGGCGAAGAAGCAUAUCGAUUAUCAUAUGAACAAAUUUGGCUACCGGAAGCCCAAUGUAAACUUUAUCCAGGGCUACAUGGAGAAACUGGGUGAAGCAGGCUUGAAGGACGAAAGCUAUAACCUUGUAAUGUAGGUCCUUUUUCUAGCCCCUUCCUCUGCAAGCAGAUAGGCUGGAAACUGGGGGUUAUAUUUGAGUUUCUGGAUUUAGCACUGCAUGCCAUAUUCCACGCUGUGCUGCGAUUGAGGCUUUGUGGCUAUCAGUAGCACCUACGUGAAGUGUGUUUGCCCCAUAUGUUGCCAUCAUUUCAGAUGUAGUCUGGAAAUAUUUCUGUUCACUGAGGCAUUUAGAACUUGGAGGGAGGGAGGGUGUGCAGCAGCUUGGAAAUGGCUGUUUAUAUACACAAACUUGGUUUUAGUUGUUUUAACAGUUUUGCAACAUUUUUAAUAACGACGUGUCAUUUAUGAUGAUGCACAGUUGCUCUGGGUUCCUUCAGGAAGAGCAGGAGAAGAGCAGGAGAACAAAUAAAUCAAAUAAAUAAGUUGGCUUUAUCUCUUGUUUAGCUCCAACUGUGUGGUCAAUCUGUCCCCUGAUAAAAGAGCUGUCCUGCAUGAAGCUUAUCGAGUGUUAAAGGUAAACACUGGGCUGGUUGCAUAAGGCAUGUUAGGCAAAUUAAGGCCAACAGGGAGGACUCUGAGUGAAAAGGAGAAUUUUCUUCUGCACGUAGCUCUGCCCAGGUGUACACUAAAGAAUAGGGGGAAAGUGUAAUUGGAGUUGAGUGUUCAAACUCCUGGAAUAGGAGAACCUAUGCAGAUCAGCAUCUAGAAAGAAAUCCCUGGAAAAUCAAAGACUUUAGAGGGAAAAGAUAUGUCUGGUCUGCAUUUGGGUUGUUUCUCCUCAAUGUUCUUGAGUUUCCAGCCACUGCUGGGCCCUGUUUAUAGAAACAAAGGGAGGAGGAGGAUUGAAUUUACCUAGUAGGAAGGGGUUGCCUCCCCAAGAUUAGUUUACAUGGUUGAAUUGCUUUCCCUUUGAAGACACAACACAUCCAUAGCAAGCAACCAAACUGGCAGCAAACAGUGGCUCUCUUUUGCCUAUCAAACCGUGGAAACAGUAAUUAUUUGUUUCCUUCUUGUUACCUGCUCUUUCAGGCAGGUGGGGAGAUGUAUUUCAGUGAUGUCUAUGCCAACUGUGACCUGCCACAGGAAACCAGGAACCAUAAAGUCUUGUGGGGUGAGUGAAUUAUUCUCUUCUUCCCACACCCAGUUGAAAAACGGUAGCCAGCAUUGCAUCUUCCUGUCAGAUAUACCAUUUUAAGAUUGCUUCAAAUAUGUAACCCAUUUUUUUUCCAUAGGCCAAUGUCUUUCAAUACCAUACAGGCCUUAGGAGUAGCAGAAAUGAUCAGAGCUCAUUAAAACAUUCCAGCUGGGCAGAAGCACUCCAUGAGGGUGCAGAGCAUGGCUGUGGGUGGGAUACAGUCUCAUGGGAUACAGUCUCCCAAGGGCCUGAUAGAGAGGGAUGCAGGGCCAUGUUCAGUUCCCAAACCUGAAGUUCUCCAGCCCAGCUCUUAACUUACGGGAUCUUCUGGGUGCCCCCAGCAUAGAACCAAUGAUCAGUUUUAUGGAUGAGAUCCUUGGAGAAGCCUGCUGCCACAUGUAAGGUUCUGUGGAUUGGGGCAACAAUCCUACGCUGAUACUACAGAAGGGGUGGGAACCUUCAGUGUGGAGGCCAGUCUUGGCCUGUGAGAUUAUUUCCCCCCAAACAACUCAUCAGCUGAUGGCCCUUGUGGUGUCAGCUGAUGGCUGGGUGGAUAGGGUUAAAUCCUGCAUUAAUUAGCUGCAUGUACCUGUUCCCAUGCUAUCUGGAAAUGAUCACUUUUGUCAUCCUACCAUCUGUAGGUGAGUGCCUAGGGGGAGCCCUGUGGUGGAAGGAUCUGUACAAAAUUGCUGAGGAAGUUGGAUUCUUGCCACCUCGGUUGGUUGCUGCCUCUCGAAUAACCCUUGCUAACAAGGAGCUGGAAAAUGCCGUGGGUAAGAGUACUAUUUUUCACCCUUAGUCAGCCUCCUCGUUCGACUUUCAGUGUCAUUUCAGUCUAGAUUGCCCCUCCUCCUUGCACUUUUUUUUGGGGGGGGGGCAAAUAAAAGCUGUUGGGAGAUCAGAUUGUGGCUCUCCUGCUAUACAUGUCAUUUGGCCCUAAGUCAGGGUUAAUUAAUUUUAGAUGCGUGAGACUUAGGGGCAUGUUCCUGAUGCACACCUUAGUUGCCUGGUUAAAUGGUUAGCGGUAUUCCUAUCUUUUCUUUACUUGCAUACAUAGCUUCGAGGAAAGUGGGACAAGGAAUAAAAUUUGCUAACCUGAGAAUUCUUGCUUGCAAAAAUAUUUUGUGAAUAUUUUGGUCUCUGAAUCCACAGGCAUGUACAUCUUUGGAGGAGGGAGGAAUCCAGGUUCAUAAAACACAGCUAGUAUUGUAGUUGACGAGAGACCCUGAAAAUUACCUACCUGGCUUCCCCUCCCCAUGCGUCUGGUAGCCCACAUCUGAGGUGGGAAUUGUACUGUGACAUUGCUCAGGAGUGACACAAGCCCCUCCACUUUGAUUAUAGGUGACUUCCAGUUUGUUUCUGCUACUUUUCGCCUCUUCAAGAUCCCCAAGGAUGGGUCAGCUCAGUGGUGUGAAGCGAUUUACAAAGGAGGAAUUGCUGGGCAUGAGAAGGAACUAGAGCUUGACAUUAACUACAGGUUCAAGGUACAAGCCUGAUGAGGUAUUGGGGUUGAAGUGAAAGAGGGCUGUAGCCAACAGAAGGUAAAUAUAAUAAGCCCUUGCCUAUACAUACCCAUCUGGCCUGUUUAUUGUUUGUUAAUUGUGAUGUGUUUUGCAUUCACCCUCUUCCCCUCCUUUCUCAGCAAGGAGAAGUGGUGGAUGUGGAUGAGGAGACAGCAGCUAUUCUACAGAACUCAAGAUUUUCUAGGAAAUUCCUGAUCCAUCCAGUGGGGCAGAAGGUCUCAUCCCCAGAAGGCUAUAUUCCUGGGAAGCAAAAGGUUGGUCAGACCCUAAAGCAAUACUAAUAGAGCAUUAUUGUAUCCUAAGUCAUUUGUGGUUUUAAACACUAGCAUGAGCACCUUAAAUUAAACACAGAAAUGAACUGGCAACCAAUGCAACUGUUUUAAAGCAUGGGUUGUAUGAGCUCUAAAUGGAACCCUGAAUAGUAAUCUGGUGGGUGCAUUUUGGGUCUGUUGAAGUUUCUGAGUUGUCCUCAAGGACAGCACAUUGCAGUAAUCCAAUCUGGAUUAACGCCUACUGAGCCUUAUGCCAGACUAGUGAUUUUUACUUUACAAUGAAAUUAUAAAAGGAAAUUUCUAUUCUUAGGAUUGUGAUAAAACUACCACACUCCUCAUAAGCAUGAGCUGCAGAGUUUAUUUACAUCUCUGCAGAUUUCCAGAGUCUUUUUUUCCCAUGGAAGUGUGGACUGUCAGUGGGAGUUGCAGUUCUGCAGAAAUGAGAUGGACUGAAAGGGAGGUUUUCACACUUCAGUAACAUCUACUGUUCUCAGACCUGCCCUUUCCCCCCCGAGGUCUGCUGCAGACUUCUUCAAGUCUUGCUCCUGUAGAUGAGCAAACUGUGAUAGUACUAGGGAAAAUGUGUUUGCCAAGCUUAGUUCAUUUUGGGGCUUAAUCCAAGGUGCUCACACUAGCGUGGUGCAAAGAGAAAAACAAGUGAGGGCUCUUGUAUGCCAUUUCUGAGCUUCAAAAGCUCCUUGUGACAAUCGACACAAAAUCCUGUCCCUCUGUUUGAGUUAGAGAUUGAGGGUCAGUUUGGCAACCAGAAGUUUUAGCUGGCUAGCAGUGCCAGACAAAACUUGUAAAUUCCUCUGCAGUGGUGUCCAAACUUUUUUCAGUGAGGGCCAGAUUUGAUGAAGUGAAGGGCCGUGGGGGCUGACCAAAGUUGUUGAGCUUUUUUUUAGGAUUUAACCCAGGAAAUAAACUGUCACAGGGGCCAGAUUAACCCAAACGGCAGGCCGGAUUAGGCCCCCGAAAUGGACUUUGGACAUGCCUGCUCUAUAGUCACAUCCACACCAUACAUUUAAAGCACAUGGCUUCCCCCAAAGAAUCUUGGGAACUUUAGUUUGUUAAGGGUGCUGGGAAUAAUAGCUCUGUAAGGGAACUACAGUUCCUGGUAUUCUUUGGGGGAAAGCCAUGACUCUUAAAGUGGUAUAAAUAUGCUUUAGAUGUGUAGUGUGGAUACGACCUGUGUGCAUGUAAAUUAUGUUGAAAUGUGCUUCGUCCAGACUGAAUAGCUAUGUUGAUCCUCCCAGAAUUAGAUUUGGGGUCUCUGGCAUAAACUACAAAUUGCUAAGUAUCUCAGUAGAUACAUUCCAGCAGAGUCUGUGAAGCCAUUCCAGCCUUGAAAUUAACGCAUAGACCGUUCAGAAAAGAUGACGCGAACAAGCCCUCAUUAAUCUGGAGUCACACCUGUGUAAUUUGCACAGUGCAUGUACACUGAGACUUAAAAUGAUUGCCUGCAGAAAGGGAGCCCUUCUGAGCAGUGCGGCACGUUGCAGCGGCAGAUGAAAGGAUGACUAGUGCUUUGGAUUCCCCAGGGGCUUCUCUGUACAUCCAGCAUGCUUAACUGAAUCUUGAGCCUUACCCUCCGGCCCUGACCCUAUUUUGGAGCUGGUCUAUCUAUAAGAAGCCUAUUCCCUCCUCCCAAUUCAUCUGAUGAAGGCAAACAGCUGUGUGUCCUAGAAAGGAUAACCUUUUGCUUAUUGGCGUAUGGAAGAGGGAGGAUGAGGGCACAAGAGGCAUUUCUUAGAUAAGCAGCAAAGCCCAAGGGGAGGUUUGCAGUCAGGUGCUUUAGGCUUAACUCCACUCCCAACAGAAACAACUAAGUUUGGUUUCUGUAAUAAAGAUUCUGUGUCAUCACUGCAAUGUAACCCAAGCUUAUAUAUCACACCAUAGAAUUUCUAAGUCAGGAUUGGAUUAACCAGCAAGUCCAAAGCCAGUUCUUGGUUACUUUCCCCCAAUAUCCUGCCUCUUGCUGUAAGCACUGGAAAAUGUAUGCUUUUUUCAGUCCAAGGAUUAAAAUCCUGUUUUGGAAGAAACAAUGCAAGGAUAGACUCUGCUAUGCUUAGGACAGGUUGCUCUCAUGUGUGGAUGAAAGGAUUUAGGUCAACAAAAUACCAAGGUCAGGGGCAGCCUAAGCAAGAUAUUUUGCUGCUUGAGGCAGAGCUGUAAAUGGUGCCCCCUUCCUCACACAUCAAGGUACAUGUUACCCAAGGCUGGUCACAUUAUUUGGGCACCUGGGGCAGAAGAUCCCACAAGGGCUUCUCCUUCUCCCUGGUUGUGACAAUACAACAAUAAUAUAUUAAAUAAUUGUCAAUUUCCUGCGUCACAUGAUACUCAGAAUUAGCUGCUUUUGCCUGCAGACACACCAUCCCUAAUGCUAGGGCUGGUCUUGUUGCCUGUGUGUGACCUACAUUGAAAUCCCAAAGCUGCAUGUGUUUAUGGAUGACAUUUUAAAAAUUAGGUUGUCGGUUGUGGUAUUUGUGUGUGUGCGUGCACACCCACACAUACCGUAUUUUUCCCUCGAUAACACGCACCCGACCAUAACACGCAUGUAGUUUUUAGAGGAGGAAAACAAGAAAAAAAAUAUUCUAAACGAAACAGUGGAUGUAUGAUUUUUCUGGUUCAUGCUGUGGCCACAGACAUGUGAUCUGAUGGUGAGUUUGGGGUAGCCCAAUGCAAAAAUCCUGAGGAUCCAUGUGGAUCCAUGUUUGUAACCACGUUUUUGCACCACUGCGGCCCCAGGCAACAGUGGGUGCGUGAUUUUUUUGGUGCAAACUGUAGCCAUGGACAUGCUAUGUGAUCUGAUGGUGAAUUUGGGGUGACCCAGUGCAAAAAUCCUGAGGACCCAUGUGGAUCUGUGCUUUGUAACCACGUUUAAAGUGGGGAGGGAAGGAAAAGCACUCAAGGGACAAGGAGCAUGCGUGGAGCAGGCUCUGCUUCUCUCCCUCCCUUAGCGAGCUGAAAAACUUUGCUGGAGGGACAGAGAGCCUGCUUGCUUUAAAGGAGCCUACCGGACAGGAGCCGCUUACACUAGUGUAAGCGGCUCCUGUCUGCUAGGCUCCUUUAAAGCAAGCAGGUUCUGCUUCUCUCCCUCCACCACCCCCCACCCUUAGCAAGCUGAAAAUCUUCCCUGCUAUUUCCAGCAAAGCGGGAGGAGAGAGAUACAGAGAGCCUGCUUGCUUUAAAGGAGCCAACCGGACAGGAGCCGCUUACACUCGUGUAAGCAGCUCCUCUCCCGCUUUGCUCCUUUAAAGCAAGCAGACUCUGUUUCUCUCCCUCCCCCCCCCUCCCCGCUUAGCGAGCUGAAAAUCUUUCCUGCUAUUUCCAGCAAAGCGGGAGAAGAGCCGCUGAGUGGGGAGGAGAGAGACAGAGAGCCUGCUUGCUUUAAAGGACCCAACCUCUCCCCUCCCGCUUUGCUCCUUUAAAGAAGCAGGCACUCUGUCCCUCUCUCCUCCCCAUUCAGCGGCUCUUCUCCCGCUGGAAACCACGGAGGAGGGAAGCAUUCGCUCCGUAACAUGCACGGACAUUUCGCCUUACUUUCUAGGAGGAAAAAAGUGCGUGUUAUGGAGCGAAAACUACAGUACUUGUUUGUUAAUUAUUUAUUGUUUUUGUAUCUUACUUUUCUCUCUAAGAAGCUCAGGGUGGUCCUCCCCCUUUUAAUCCCCACAACCACCCUGUGAGGUAGGUUAGGCUAAGUGACGGUGACUGGCCCAGAGUCCCUCAAUGAGCUUAAUGGUCAAGUGGGGAUUUGCAUCCUGCUCUCCCACGUUCUAGUCCAGGGGUCCUCAAACGUUUUCAGCAGGGGGCCGGUUCACUGUCCCUCAGACCUUGUGGGGGGCUGGACUAUAUUUUAGAAAAAAAUAUGAACCGCCAUGGGGGGGGGGCAGGGAGGAAGAAGAAAAAGCCGGAGCCGGGAGCCCCCUCAGUCACAGUCCCCACUGUGGGAGGAGGGCCCAAGCGCUGCCGCCGCCUCGCCGGCCACGACUUCCCGCCGGCCCCCUCGCUGCUCCCUCCCCCUUUCUUAGGCCUCGCCAAUGCCACAGGCCUCAGCCUGGGCAGGGACAGCAGUUGCUGCCACUGCAGAACCUGCCCCAUCCCGGCCCGCUGGCCCAGGCUGAAGAGGAAGGCGCCCAGGCAGAGAGAAAGAGGGCUUUGGCCCAGUGCCUCCGAAGCAGGUGGGCGGCAGGGAGUGAAGGGAGAAGGGCUGCCUCUGGGGUCGGGAGGUCCACUGUCGGGGCUCAGAGACCCCACCUCCUCCUCUGCCUUCCCUCAGCUGGGAAGCAGCGACUCACCCGGAUCCUGUCCCUUGGGCUGAGCUCUUUGGCACGGGGCGAGAGCGACGACCAGAGCAGCAGCAGCCCCAGGCAGGAGCCAAGCAGCAGCACCACACGCAAGAGGAAGCCCAGCUUCAGCUGCAUCCUCAGUGCCAGCCCCACAAGCUCGCCGAAGCCGUGACUGACAAAGCCGCCGACCCCCUCACUGCUCCCUCCUGCGUCACUCUGUGCUCAGCUCCCCAUUGCUGUGGGAGCCAUGGGCAACUGCGUGUCGGCGGUGGCUCAACGAAUGAAAGGCUGCAUCAGAGUUUACCUCAGCGUGGCACGGGGACUGAGUGAUCAGUCCCCGUGCCAUGCUGAGGUAAACUCCAACAUGGCUUUUCAUUCAUUGAGCUGCUGCGUGCCAGCAGUGGCUCUACAAAUGAAAGGCUGCGACAGAGUUUACCUCAGUGCGGUGUGGGAACUGACUACUCAGUCCCCGCGCCGCUGAAAAACUGUGUCGCAGAUGCUUGCCUCAGACACUUGGGGGGGUUUUCAAAUGGCCGUGUGGGCCAGAUUCACGACCCUUUCAGGCCACAUCCAGCCCCUGGAUCGUAGUUUGCCGACCCCUGUUCUAAUGCAACACUAAGGGAGGCAGCACAGCAGUGCCCAGGAGGAGAGUCACUCCAAGGCAUCUAUCCGUGUUUAGUGAUAGGACGGUUAAUUCCCCUUGAAUGAGAUAAUGACUUUCACGCAAAAAAACCAGAAAUUGCAGUUUUUAUCGGGCACAGAUGGUGCAAGGACAAAGCAUAUGAUGUGAUUAUCCUGUUCAAAGAGAGCUCCUCUAAGAAUGAGCUGGUGCAGACAUACUUCCAAACUAAGUGGCCAGUCAAAGCAAUAGCCUGUUGUCAAAAUCCUUUGAACUCAUUCAUUCAUUAUCUCUGUGCUAUACUUCUUUUUCUUUUGCGUAUCUAUAGCAUAUAGCCUUGUGGCUUUAUCUGUACCUACUCUAAAUACCACAAACAAUGAGGAAAGACCUUGAGGCCUUCCUUUUGGUUUUACCUCUUUUGGAAGUGAAAUUCGGAACUGAUUUAGCCCUUGAAAGACACCAUGUGCAUGAGUUCAGAAGUAUUUUGUUGCACUCCUUGGUGAACUGCUUGCGGUGAUCCCUCUUGUAUGCAGUUUGAAUCAGUAGAACUGAAUUUUUAGAAGCAUUGAGUUGGAUCCAGGCCACGUUAGUUGUGGUUUGCUCUCUUCAAAAUCAAUGGGACAAGUUAGUGAUCUUAUUGAAACUGAUAAGACUUAAGGAUGACUGACUUAGUCUGGAUUAUAACCCCUUUAUUUUUACUGUGAUAGUCUUGCAUAUUAACCUUAUGAAAAACUAUGAAAAUACUAGAGAAAUGCUUAAAAACUUCUUUACUGGGUAGCAAAAAUUCUUCCUUGAUAUAUAAUAACAAUAAAAACUUAAUAUAAAAUGUCUGCAAAUGCAGAAAUUAGGUAAGUGUAAUGUAUGCAGUAAUAUGAAGAUGUUAAAAACCUUAUGAAAUCUUAAAGAAGACAAUCCUCUUCUUAUUUUGCCGGUGGCAGGGAGCUAAAAAUUGUCAUUGCACAUUUUUUGCUUUUGCCCAGUUAUUGGCUGCCCCAUUUGACAGAAAACAUUUGGCUUUUACUGUAAAAGUGAGCACUUGGAAUUAAAUUGUAGAAGAUUCUGUGCUGUAAAAAGCAGGAUGGGGACUGAAGAUCACUUUUGAUGUGAAGAUCAUUUAUUUUCACCACAGAUGCCAUAUCUGACGAAGCCCUGGGUUAAAGUAGAAGCUGGCAAGAAUACCCUUGCUCUCUCGUAGAAAUUGCUUUGGUGUAAGGCCUUGGUUUGGGAUGGUGUUUAUUAUCCAAAUUGCAAUCAUACCACCCUGUUGUGACAAUUACAAAAUCACCACCUUCUGUAUAUUCAUUACUUUCUCUGGUGCCACAUGGUAAUUUUACUUGCCGGUCAGUGGUAGUUUUGAUACUAUUAACUAUUAAGUUUGCAAAUAUGCUAAUAGUAGAAAGUAAAAAGAAACAGUGAAAACAUGCCCUUUCUAGCUUAGGUAACACAGAUCCUCAUCACCUUUUCCACUUUGACCCUGUUUUGUUUUUGCUUGUAUUUUUUUUUUUAAGCAGGAGAAACUCAGGGAUCCAUUUAAGUUAGUGGAGCAGAUGGAGCCAAAUGUCCCUGCACAAAAUCCCUCAGGAUGCUGUGGAGCCAAAGCAUGCUGCUGA